AUGCUAGAAACUGAAGACCCGGAUGUAAUCGCAGGAACAGAGACUUGGUUGCACGACUCAGUUUACUCCAGCGAAUUCCUGCCCUCAUCAUACCAGAUUUUUCGAAAUGAUCGACAAACCGAUACCUCCGGCGGUGGUGUUUUCUUGGCCAUUAAAUCCAAUCUUAUGGCUAAAGAAGAACCUGAUCUGAACACAAACUGUGAAUCUGUAUGGGCCAGUAUCCACAUCAAGGGUAACCCUACCUUAUACCUCGGCGCCUUUUAUAGACGCCAUUUUGGAUCUACCGCAACCAACCAGGUCUACUUAAAGGAACUAGAUGCUGCUAUUUCAAAACUCACCAACAACUGCCAAAUUAUCUUAGCUGGAGAUUUCAACCUCCCUGACGUGGAUUGGGUGAAAACUUACUUCACUCCCGGGGGUCGAUACCCAGCCCUUAGCAAGCAAAUGAUCGACAUCGCUCAAGAUCAUAAUCUGCAUCAGGUUGUGACUAGCCCUACUAGGGAAGAUAACAUUUUAGAUCUGGUCUUCACAAACAUUCCCUCACUCGUCCAGAAUGUCAACAUCCUGCCUGGUAUAUCCGACCACGAUAUUGUGUCUGUGGAGAUUCUUACUUCUUCCAAAAGAAUCAGGCAACCACGUAGGAAGAUAUUCUUGUUCAAGAAGGGAAACUUUGAUAAAAUCAAAGAGGACAUUAAUGAAUAUGCCGACUCCAUCUCCAAAGAAGUUUAUUCCGCCCAGUCUACAGACACACUCUGGUUGGGAUUCAAACACGCACUAACAACUGCAAUGGAAAGACACAUACCCACUAAGAUGACAAGUACCAACAGCAGUCUUCCUUGGUUCAAGCAGUCGCACAAAUGCAUCAUGAGACGUAAGCGUAAAGCCUAUGAUAAAGCCAGAAGUACGGGUGCUACCUCUGACUGGGAAAUCUUCAGACAGCUGCGCCGCCUCUUAGACCGUACUUUAAGAAAAUCUCGUAGUAAACAUCUGCUGGAUUUAGGUGAAAACUUGACAUCAAACAACACCAAGCCCUUUUGGAGAUACAUUAAGAGUCUCAGGCAAAGCUCAACUGGUGUCUCAACACUCAACACUGCUAAAGGUAUUGCUACAACACCCAUUGACAAAGCAAAUGCCUUAAACAGUCAUUUUCAGUCUAUCUUUACUAAGGAAAACUGUGACAACAUCCCAAACCUUGACAGUCCGAAGUUUCAACAAAUGUCUCCUAUUAUCAUCACAACUGCGGGCAUCAAAAAGCUGUUGAAAGAGUUAAAACCACAGAAAGCACCAGGCCCUGAUGGCAUCCUUCCAACGAUCCUGAAGGAAUGUGCUGACAGUGUUGCUCCACUCCUACAACAAAUUUUCCAGAAAUCCAUUGAUACCGGGGAGCUGCCAGACGACUGGCUCAGGGCUAACGUCUCACCUAUCUUCAAAAAAGGAAACCGUUCAGAUCCAUCAAAUUUCCGGCCCAAUUUCACUGACAUCCAUCCCUUGCAAGUUGCUCGAACAUAUUAUCCACUCUAA